CUUAAAUACUGGUUCACUUCUUAAUUCCAAAUUAGGCACCAAUUUUGAUUGUUCGUGGAGGCAAAGUGAGCAAAUUGUGAAUACAUAAUGUUGCUUUUAUCUGGUGCAUUUUUGCUCUUUACGAUGAUCAGUUGCAUUUCAGCAGUGCCAAGUGUAGAUUUGGAAAUACCUUCUACGGCUUUUCCUUAUCACGUGGCCGUGUCAGUUAAUGGAAAUUUCGAAUGUGGCGGCUCUAUAAUUCACCAAUCAUAUAUUUUAACAGCCGCUCAUUGCUUGCCAGAUGCUCGUAAUGCUGCUGACAUUACAGUUAGCGUUGGGAGCAAGUUCUUGUCUGAAGGAGGAACUAUUGAAAGUGUUUGUGACUUUUACAUACAUCCCUUGUACGAACACGUCACUUUUGACAACGAUAUUGCCGUUUUAAGACUGUGCAAUGAGUUAGUUUUUGACGAAAACGUUUCCGCAAUUGGUCUGCCAGAGUUUGAGGAAGUUGUAGAAGAAGGAAGUGUAGGAGUAGUAGCUGGAUGGGGAAAGACAGAAGAUUUAAGUGUAUCACCUGUUCUUCGCUUUAUUAAUCUUGUUACUCUUAACGAGUCUCAAUGUCGCCUUUUAACGGAAGAACACGUUACAACUAAUAUGUUUUGCGCUAGCUGUGCAGAAGACGGUAUGGUAUGUGCUCCCUGCGAUGGAGACUCUGGCGGAGGUUUAGUUGUUGAUCAGAAAGUAAUAGGAAUAGUGUCAUGGGGACUAGGAGAAUGUCGAGAUUCCGUAAACGUCUUUACUCAAGUUUCAAAGUUCACAGAAUGGAUCGAAUGCAUCAUUUCUCAAUCUUCUUGUGAAAUAAUUGUAUAGGUGUCCACACUAUGGUGUAUUAUGUUAUACCAUAGAAUAGCUUACAAUAAAAUCUAUCCACAAUAAAAUAAGUU